UCUUGGACAACUGUUCAUUUCUGAAGUCAUACCUGCAGCUACUGCACUGUAUUCGAAGACUAUAUAUAUAUAUAUAUAUAUAUAUAUAUAUGGUGUAGAUUCCCAGAACCCAGAAAAAAAAACAGAGCCAAAAUAUGAUGGAAGCAGUGCAAGAAGACAUAGUGAUUGUGGGAGGUGGAAUUGCUGGCCUCACAACAUCCUUGGGACUUCAUAGGCUGGGCAUUCGAAGCUUAGUAUUGGAAUCCUCCGAUGGUUUGAGGAUCACAGGAUUUGCCUUCGCGACAUGGACAAAUGCUUGGAAGGCCUUGGAUGCUGUUGGACUUGGCGAUUCCCUCCGAGCAAAUCAUCAACGGCUUUAUGGGAAUGUGACUAGCUCUACAAUUUCAGGAAUUCAAACCUCAGAGGUGUCAUUUGAAGCCAAAGGAAAACAUACUGGAGACCACGAAAUUCGUUGUGUUCAAAGGAAGAUUUUGUUGGAAACCCUUGCAAAGGAGCUCCCAAGUGGCACAAUUAGGUACUCUUCCAAGGUUGUUUCUACAGAGGAAUUAGGCUUCUAUAAGCUUUUGCAUCUUGCUGAUGGAACCAUUCUCAAAACCAAGGUGGUGAUUGGGUGUGAUGGAGUGAACUCAGUGGUGGCAAAGUGGCUGGGCUUCAAGAAUCCUACUUUCACAGGGAGAUGUGCCAUAAGGGGCUGUGUAGAUUUCAAACGCAGUCACGGGUUUGCUCCGAAGUUCAUGCAAUAUUUUGGGAAAGGUUUUCGAUAUGGUUUUAUUCCUUGCGAUGAUCAAACCGUCUAUUGGUUUUUCACGUGGACUCCCUCAGGCCAAGAGAAUGAGAUAGAAGAUAGUCCAGCUGAAAUGAAGCGACUUGUGUUAAGCAAGCUUGAAAACGUGCCUGAUGAAAUUAGGGGAAUUAUUGAAAACACUGAUCUGGAUGGAAUUAUAUCAUCCCCAUUAAGGUACAGACAUCCAUGGGAGCUUCUUUGGGGAAAUAUCAGCAAAGGCAAUGUCUGUGUAGCUGGUGAUGCACUCCACCCCAUGACACCAGACAUUGGCCAAGGUGGUUGUGCUGCCUUGGAAGAUGGUGUUGUUUUGGCAAGGUGUCUUGCUCAUGCCUUGUUGAAAGACCCAAGUGGGAAAACAAAAGAGAAAGCUGAAAGAGAUCAUAGAGAGGAAUAUAAGAGGAUUGAGAUGGGGUUGAAGAAUUAUGCCAAGGAAAGGAGAUGGAGAAGCAUUGAGCUCAUUACUACCGCUUAUAUGGUUGGUUUUAUCCAGCAGGGUGAUGAAACUGUGAUGAACUUCAUCAGGGAUAAAAUAUUGGUUGCCCACCUGGCUGGGCUUUCGUUAAAAAAGGCUGAUUUUGAUUGUGGGAAGCUCAGCAUUUCUGAUGCAAAAUAAGUUAUUAGUAUUUAAUUUCGUAUUUUGUUUAAUUUUCAAGAGUCAAUGGUACAUAUAUAUUAAGUGUUGCCCUAAAUUAUUUUGGGUAAUUUAAUAACGGGCAUUGCCAUGUUAGGGCAAGUCAAUAAAAUGAUUUAUGUAAUUAAGUUAAUAAAUGGGGUUGCCCUAAGGUUUGGUCGAAGUAUAUUUAAGCAUGCAUUGUACUCCAAUAGAGGUAGACUUUGGUGGGAUAAAAUUAUGAGAAACUAAUUAACUCUC